UCGCGGUGUACUGUUGUGAAAUUACGCCGCUCUCUCAAUAGCAGACACUUUUUUUAUGUCAACAAAUCCUGUUGUGCAAAAAUAGUUCUGACGCCAUAGUCAAUUAUUCGCGUUUGGAGCGAUAAGUUUUGCAUUGAAAACUAUUAGAUUUCCAUCUAGAUCCUGAGAAUUUCACAAUUUGAUUGAAAUUCAACAAAAUGGAUUGUCGUCCAGUUUCCAUUUUUGAAGAGGAAAAUCGUCGUCCCACAAACCAAAUUUGGAUUUUCCCAUUUCUGGUUGCUGUUGCCACGUUUAUUGUGUUUGCGACUGUCGCGAGCAGAACUAAUGGUCCGUCGGGAGUUGUUUUAGAUACGGUAAUUUCUAAUGCUGCUGGGAGUCAAUGUGGCAUCGACAGCAAUGUGUUGGAUAAAUAUUUGCGGAUUCGCGUUGAUCAACGUAAAUGUGGACAAAAUCUCGAUUACAUUGACGGAUGCGAUAACUCAUGGAUUUGUGUCAAAUCAUGUCCAGAAGGAAGUUUCGACGCAUCAACUUGUACUCCAAAUACCUUUGCAUCACUUAAGGAGCACCUUGUAUGUCAAGAUGAGAAAUUAAAAUCAUCAAUUGCUGAUUGUGGCCAAUUAAUAUCUGCUGUACAAGCCAAGAAAUGUGUUGCUUGGUACGAAAAUACUCACGAAAUUUUCGGCAGAUGUUUUUCUCGCGAAUCAAACCGCCAUGACUCAGAUGAUGUAAAAAUUGAAGCUCUUGAAGCGCAUUUCGGUCAAAUUAUCUUAUCUCUCCUUCCGAGCUUCAUUUAUGGCUGCGUCAUUGCGGGAGUUGUGAGUCUUUUCUUCGCCGUCACCCUCAAAUGGUCAGCUUUCUUCGUUUUUUGGGGUUUCAUUGUGUUAGUUUACGCUGCAUUAACAAUUUCCUUGAUUUGUGUUGCAAUUAAAACAAUCUCGAACGAUCAUCCAGCAUCACCGGAUGAACUUAACGCUUUGCAAUGGCAAAUCGGAUUAUUGGGCGUUUUUAUGGCGAUUUUUGGACUUUUCUUGUACUUUUUGCGUCGCAAGAUCCGUUGCGGCAUCGAAAUCGUCAAGGAGAGCAGUCAUUGUGUUUGCGCCUCAGUCGGAAGUAUCUUUUUUCCCGUGUUGCCGUUCCUCCUACGAGCUGGCGUCAUCAUUCUCGGCUCUUAUGUCGUCGUUAUGGCAUGGUGCAUGAUGGAUAACCGCUACGAAAUUGCCGGAAAAGACGAAAAUUCUGAUUGUCACUGCAACAAUUCGAUUUAUUCGAAUGGCGCGAGUUGCGAUCCUGAAAUUUUCAAUGCCGAUUGUCGCGCCGCCGACGGAGGAAUUUGCAUGGAAACGUCUUGCAAGUUGAUUUCUCAAACGGAAUCGAGUUUUUCGGGUCCCUUGAUUAUUUUAACCGUCAUGAUUGCCACAUGGAUCGUCGCUUUCAUCCAAGCGAACGCAAAAAUGAUCCUCGCUCAUGUCUACGGAAACUGGUAUUGGAACUGGAAUCGACAAUUCAUUCCAGGGGGCGCUGUUGUCACGGCAAUGACUAAAAUCCUCCCGAAUCACCUUGGAACGGCAGCUUUUGGGGGUUUCGUGGUCAUGAUUUGUCGCGUCUUGAAAAAUCUUUUGUCACGACGUCAACAUAGCGGCAUGAACAGCAUCGGAGCGCUAAUUGCGAGAGUCGUUGUCGAAAUUAUUCGCUGUUUUGCGUACAUGAUCAUCGAUCUCAUUGAAUUUGUGUCGGACAAGGCGUUCGUUGUCGUCGCUGUCACUGGAUACGGCUUCUGGGAUUCCGUUAAAACCGUUUCGCGGAUCAUGGUGCGGGAUGCUCCGCUCGUUGUCGCUACCGAAUACGUUGGCGACAUCAUAUUGUUCGUUUGUAAGUUCGUGUCGGCAGGACUGGCAGCUGGAUUGUUUUACGUGGCGUCACCUUUUAAGGCGGGCGAUGAUGCUUAUAUCACGAUUUAUGCGACAGUUUUGAUCUUUUUGUUCGCUUUUGAUCUGGCGGCGGUAUUUUUGACAGCGUACAAUGUCGCGAUCGACACUUUGCUGAUCUGCACAAUUCACGAUUACAUGCACAGUGGCGUGGAAAAGGCUUAUUUCAAGUCGCAAACACUUAAUGGACUCUUGCUGAAGAAGGAAAUUGAUAAUGUUUAAGAAAAUGUCAACGAAGAAAACUUAUUUGAUGACAAAAAACUGAAUCUCCAAGAGAAUAACAUGUAAUUAACGUUUUUUGAUGUCUGAAAUAUUUAAUCAAAAAUUAAAAUUUCAUGUCUUUGCAAUAUUAUUAUGUCAAUAUCUUACCAUAAAAUCUUAUAUUAUUGAUUAAUAAAUAAAAUAA